CAAACCGGUAAAAUAAAUAGUAGAAGUGGUGCUGUGUUUGAGGAUUUUAUUUCGAAUUUUGAUUAAUUUUCCAUAUAAUUGGUAAAUAAAAUAAUCAUUUUACUAAAGAUAAAACUAUUGCCUACAAUGUUUUAUAAGCUGCGAAUUUCUCCUUUUAUCAAAAACAUACAAUUAGCGAACUACGUGACCAAACCUCCCAAACCAGAGAUACCAAAAAAUCCGUUGGCCUCAGUGUAUUCUGCUUCAUCGCAAAAGGAAAAUGGGAUUGUUUACGACAAAAAGCCCUUCAAAAUGGUCUUGGAAGCUGGCAAAACAUACCACUGGUGCCUUUGUGGCCGCUCAAAAUCACAGCCGCUUUGUGAUGGCACACAUAAAAGUAUAUAUUUAAAAAUAACACAAAGGCCCAUAAGGUUCACUGUAGAAAAAACAAAGGAUUACUGGCUAUGCAACUGUAAGCAGACAAAAAACCGGCCCUUCUGUGACGGAGCACACAAGAUGAAGGAGAUACAGGAGGCCGGCACCGUCAGAGUCUAGGGUGCCCUGAACUUGAUUGUUAAGCUAUGUUAGAGAUAAGAUUGUUUAAAUAAAGUAGUAUUGUUGCAUA